CCCCACUUUACUUUUUUCUCUUUCCAAAAACGAAGACGAUCGAUCGAAUGAAAAACCUGAGAAUCGUGUUCAUGAUUUAAUUUUACGAUCUUGUAAAAUUUCUCUAUGGAUUCGUUUGAAGGUAAUAAUAGCUGGGACUUAAUCGAUUACAGCAGCUUUAUCGACGACGUUGCAUCCACGGAUCUCUACUGGACCAACCAAAGUGCUAAUGUGGAACUUGAUGCGUCGCUAACUCGUGGUACAUCACAAGAAAAUGAAUGUGCAGAGAAAGAAUACCCUCGGAAGAGGGGCCGUUCUGAUCACUGCAGCAGACAAGGGACCAAAGCUUGCCGUGAGAGACAACGAAGGGAAAGAUUAAAUGACAGGUUCACAGAGUUGUGCUCUGUUUUGGAACCUGGGAGGCCUGCUAAAACUGACAAAUUGGCCAUACUUGGUGAUGCCAUCCGAGUUUUGAACCAGCUAAGGACUGAAUCUCAGGAGUACAAAGAGAAGAAUGAAAAGCUAUUAGAAGAGAUAAAAACUUUAAAAGCAGAUAAGAAUGAACUUCGUGAAGAGAAACUCAUAAUGAAGGUUGACAAAGAAAGGUUGGAGCAGCAGUUGAAAGCUAUGGCGGUUCCACCUGCUGGGUUUAUGCCAGCCCACCCGGCAGCUUAUCAGAGUGGUGCAAACAAGAUGCCAGUUUUUCCCAGCUAUGGUUUCAUUCCAAUGUGGCAGUAUCUACCUCCAACUGCCCGUGAUACAUCUCAAGAUCAUGAGCUCAGGCCACCUGCUGCUUAGUAAUUUUUGGAUGUGAUUAUUUGCACAUUUUGAGAUGCUUUAUCAUGCAAUUUAGUAAUGUAUUGCAUCUUUUAAUUAUAAAUAAAUCGAUUUGCCUUCUUUUUUUUUAUUUUUUUUAUUUU